AUGCGAGUUAGGCGAUUACAGUAUCUUCUCUACUUUAUGUGGCUGUGGUGCCAUGCAGAUUUCUACCAGGGGACGUAAUCUUCUUCGGCCCUUGAACAAGUACAUAUACAACAAUGCGGCAGUUGUUUUCGAUCCACCGGAACUACUUCCUCAGACAUCUGUUGGUUAAGAGUUCAGUACAAACGUGAAUGCUCUCGCAACGCCGCAUUGGCAGCCUUGCUGCCCGUCAGCUUGCGACACGCCUGGCUUCUCCCACACUAUGCGCGGAAACAUCGCACUGGCAUCAUCCUACCUACCGAUCUCUCUGGACUCAAUCUCCGAUCCCGAGUGUCGCCGCCAGAGACUCAAGUCUUGCCCACAAGUUGGCUGGCGGCCGCCGAGGAAUCCAAUGGACUCGGCGACCAUCCCACCUACAGGACUCGCUUGUGUGUGGCUCUGCGCGUAUCACAGUCAACACGAAGUAUGGUCCAGUCACUGGUGGACAAGUCACACACACCGGCACCGCCGGUUUUCUAGAAAUCCCUUAUGCGUUGCCUCCGGGUCGCUUUCAGGAUCCUGAACCACUGCCCGCAAAUUAUCGUUACGAAGCCAAGGAGUACUUAUAUGAAGCCAGCUAUUGCGCGCAGCCGAACGAUGGGAUCUUAAUCCCUCCCCGGACACCGUAUCAGAACCUAGUUGGUUUGGGCAACCCUACCGAGAACCCCUUAUACGUCAACAUUGUCUGUCCGCCAGGUUGGAGUCCCGGCUCCGACCGUAAGUACCCGGUCAAGAUCUAUAUCCACGGCGGCUUCUUGCAGCUAGGAUCGCCGCAUGAACUCAAUUCACAGGCCGAGUACAUCGCCAAAGAGUCGGAGACGGUGCACGUCAAUAUAGGGUACCGUGUGUCCGCUUUUGGCUUUCUCGCGUCGGACGAGCCGAGGCUAGAUGGGAACUUCGGUUUCAAGGACCAAUGGCUUGGGCUCCUCUGGGUUCGGGAUAACAUCGAAUGCUUUGGUGGUGAUCCCACGAACAUACAGCUCACAGGGCUGUCGGCAGGUGCACACUCCGUGCAUCAGAUCCUGCACCAUGUCUCCCGCCUGCCCGAAGGCGAGAAGUCGCCCUUUCAAUCCGCCACGCUUCAGUCGAAUGGCAUGAUGGCCAAUCCCGCGACGCCUGCGGGGCAACGUCCGCAAUUCGAUGCCCUCUGUCAUUCGCUUGGCCUCGACCCGCGCUCGCCCACUAUCCUCUCUCAGCUGCGCGACACCUCCGCACUGCCUUUCAACAAGAUCACGCAGGUUAUAGAGAGCGGGGAGAUCGGCACUGAAUUCGACACCUUCCGUGGGACGCGCGACAGCACCUGGACUGGGGACUCACCUGACCCGAUGACCUGGCAGCGCUCCGGCGAGUUCGCGCGCGCACUCAAGGCGAAGGGCGUGCGGAGCGUCGUUGUCGGCGACCUUACCGAGGAAUGGUUUAUCUACGCGAUGACGCACCCCGUUUACAGCUACGCCGACGUCGAGGCGAACCUGCGGAAGUUCUACCCGAGGGACGUCGUGGCACGCUUGCUCGAAUGCUACGAGACGGAACCACAGAAUCUGUUCAGGUUCAUGGGUAAGGUGCUAUCUGACUGCCAGGUGUACCUGCCGACGAGGCUCCUCGCGCGGGACUUGUACAAUGCUGGCUUCCCGGUGCUGCGCUAUGAGAUUGGAUGGGUGCCUCAAGCUGUGUAUUCCUCUAUCGGUUAUGUCACCCACGGCCUCGACAGAACGAUCUGGGCUGAUCGUCAAACAUUGAUAUCGCAGCCCGAGCACCUUGUCGUCCUUGCAUGGCUUGAUGCUAUCGACGCCCAGAGGAAGGCCGUUGAAGAGGGGACCAGCACGGAUGCUCAAGACAUCAAACGAGUCUUUGCUCUGAAGAAGGACAUGAGCAUGGGCUGGAAGGAUGACGCCAGGUGGGAUGAAGUCAAGGGCUUGAUUGCGGCCCUUCCUGGCGAGAACUGAUUUCAAAGCAUUGAACUUGUUGCUUGACGUGUUGUAUCGGUUCAGCCGGGAUGCGUACGCAUAGCGGGCUAACUCUUGGAUCAUGGUGUAUUUUCAUAGUGAAACCUCUAAUACACGCUCGUGUUGAGUGCAACUUGUCUCUGAGACAAUCAUGGCCCCCUGCGUAGGUCGACCAGCGCAGAACCUGCGGAUUCUGUCUGUCGCUGUUCGAGUCAACGCGAAGACCGGUCCUCGCCAGGCGCUCAGUCGCUAACGGAGGGACGUCCGUGGCUGCGC